GUUCACACAACUGUACUGAACAAUGGUUGUAUGUGUAGCAGUAUUUACCAGAUUUAGUAGUUUACACUCAGUUGUUGACAACACAGCCACACCCUGUUAGAUAUACAACUGCAGAUAUUGUAACAGUCAUUUGUCAGUCAGUCAGUAUCACAUAGAUCAGGUGAUACUUAACACAGCUGCCGACUGUCCCGUGAUUACGCGUGUGACUGUUUGUGACUGAAGCCAUAUUGAAGUGGAAGUAAACCAUGUGUGGAUUCCACAGAGUAAAUCGUUACAAGGAGUUUGUGUUAGACUCUAGAGUUGUGUCCCUUUGAUCAUCUUGUGCCAAAAGAUACCCGAAGUAAACGAUGAUUACAGAGUUGUGUCCCUUUGAUAUUCAUGCUCACCAUCUGCACUUCAGGCAUCUGAUUCACUUUAUAUUUCCAAGUUUCGCAAUGUCCUGUGAGAGCCGAGAAUCUGGAUAUGUGGACAACUGGCAGUCAGGGAAGACUGUCACAGAGUGUAAUCUGCGUAUGCUCGACACGGAAGACUUCUGUGACGUCACUUUCCUGUUGGGGUCAGAGAAACAGGUGGUCCGAGCUCACCGCUACGUUCUUGUCAGUCGCAGCUGUGUCUUCCAUGCAAUGUUCUGUGGCCCCCUGGCGGAGAAAGGGGAGGUAACCAUUCCUGACAUUGCGGCAGACAUCUUCAAAGAGUUCCUGAGGUAUGUGUACACAGACAAGACUACUAUCAACACUGAAACAGUCACAGGACUGAUGUACACCUCCAGGAAGUAUUCUCUAGAUGCAUUGUACGAUCUGUGUGUAACGUUCCUGGAGACGUCCCUGUCAGAAGAUAAUGCCUGCCAGAUCCUGGAGCAGUGUCAUGGUUACGGGGAGCUAGACCUGGAACAGAAGGCCCUGAAGAUCCUGACUGAAGGAGGGGAGAGUGUCAUCAAAUCUCCAGGAUUUGUAGGUCUUUGUCCUGACUGUCUGGAAAAGUUCCUUAAAUCAAACACUCUGAACCUGAAAGAGUCCGACAUAUUUGAAGCAGUCGUGUCGUGGACAAAGGAGCGGUGCAGGAAGGAAGGUGUGAGUGACACGCCAGAAAACAGACGGAGACUCCUAGGAGAUAUGAGGUAUGAGAUCCGGUUUACCAGCAUCCCCCUGGAGUUCCUGGUGAAAGUUGUUGGCCGAUCUGGUGUGCUGACAAACAGUGAGAGAGUUCAGAUAAUUGACAGAUCUGUUGACUCGACUGUUGAUAUUUCUCCAUUUACAACUGUACAGAGAAUGAAAUCAGGCGUUGCUCAGAUACAAGAGUCCAAUAUUUGCAAACAUGUAAGCAGAUUUCCAAACAUAACAGAGUGCCAUUGUUAUUUUCAAGGCAGCAGGCAUGCUAUCUCGUUUUCUGUCACUCACAGCAUUCACCUGAAAGGAUGUCAGCUCUUCCGUGAAGAGAUUAAUGAAGACAUCCUACUGAGUAUAUGGGUGUAUGACCAAAAUAACACAGUGGUUGCUGCACCCUUAAGGAACACUUUGAAGUCUCUUCACAGGAACCAAGAGAUGACUGAUGUCCUAUUUCCCGAGUCUGUACUACUGCAGCCAAGCACAACCUACACUGUGUGUGUGGACCUAACUUCCGGGACCUAUUACAGCGGGGUUUUUGGAAAGAAGACUGUUACCAGUAAUGGAGUACAGUUCACAUUCUCACACUCCCUACUGGACACUGCAGGAACAUCACCAGAGACAGGAAACAUACCUGGCUUGAUAUUCAGCAUCCCAAAAGAGAUGAAGUGUGUGAAUUCAUGGUGAUACUGUCAAUACAUCCACUCACCCAUGGGAUGAGAUAAUGACCGCAACAUUCAGCUGACAUCCUAUGUGCGUUUGUACAGGAUUUGAUGUGAAUACUUUAUUGAAAUUUCAAUUGGAUGUACUUUUAAACAACACUGACAACUUGUGCAUUGUAUGUUACGUUCACAUGUUACAUCAUUUCCGUUUCAAACAGACAGACAGUUUAUUCAGUAAGAAGGCCAUAGGCCCAUAAUAUAGACAAUGGUUGAUUGCAUGAACUACGCAUGCCAAGGAAGUAGUCGAUUUAAGUUUCUCUUAGCCGUUGACUUAGAAUGACUGACUGCCUGUGAAAUAAUGCGAUUUACAUAUCAAAUAAUCAAAUAUUGUACUACACACUGAAGUGUUUUAAUGUUUCGAUUGCAGCUUAACACAUCUUCUUACAUCAAGUGACGCGUGCAUGUGUAAGCGUUACUGUUAUGAAUGUACAGAGAUGUUGCUCCAAGCUGUGUACAGUGAUUAGCCCCUGCCUACAGAAACAAAUACCUUGUUGGGUUGUGUUUCGCCGCCAUCAGUCAUUCUUAAUAUAUAGACUAACAACACCAGAUACACUUCCAAAUUUCAUUUUAAUCAUAAUAUUUCAUUUACUAAAUACAGUUAAGUUAGCGAGAACAUAAGUCAAUCUUAACAUUAAGUCCAAAAAUGGCCUAUACUCGGUUCUCUACUAACACAGGUUCGUCUAUUCAAAUAAAUAUAAUUUUAGCCAAAAACAUAUUGGGAAUUAGUCAGGCAGGGCAGGGUAGCUACGGCAGUCUGUAAUUUGUUGUCUCCAAUCUAGGACCUUUACAACUUCAACUGUAACGGGGGGCGGUCGGGUAGCCUAGUGGUUAAAGCGUUCGCUCGUCACGCCGAAGACCCGGGUUCAAAUCCUGACAUGGGUACAAUGUGUGAAGCCCAUUUCUGGUGUCCCCCACCGUGAUAUUGCUGGAAUAUUGCUAAAAGCGGCGUAAAACCAUACUCACUCACUCACUCAACUGUAACGGAUUUGUUUUCUUCUCCAUUGAUCAGUGUAUACACACACGCAUGCAUGCACGCACACACGCACACAAAACAAAUCAAACAAUCUGUCGUCAUUGUUCGUGGCGUUGAUAAAAUAUUUGGCAAUAUAUGAAGUCAAUGCCUUGCUGAACUUUGUACCAAUCCACAUAUGCAGAAAAUUAUCAUAUUAUAGAACUUUCUUUUGCAAUAUAUGAAUUCAAUGCCUUGCUGAACUAUGUCCCAAUCCAGAUAUGCAGAAAAUUAUCAGAUUAUAGAACUUUCUUUUUGAUAUUGCACCUUUAAAUUAUUGAUUUUACCUACAGCUCACAUAAAAAGGAGGGACCAUGGUGAUAGAAAGCCAGCAACCCAUUAUUGUGAUUACUACAUCAAUAGUGACAUUAAGUAUGGGACAUUGCACCUGUAAUUCUGUUUGUGUAACCUGAACAUAUUAUUUGAAUCACCUGCGCUAGAAACAUACUUUCUGUCACUACGCAAGCGAACUACAUUCAUGUGUUAUUCAAUAAAUCUCAAUAAAAACUG